CUAGAUGGCAGCAAUCCGUCACACUUGAACCCGGAUUUAAUAGGCAAAUCAUACAAAGUAUGUCUGUCAUUGCGUCUGGACUCCAAGAACGAGACAAGCUGAUUGUGUUACUUAUUGAUGGAAUGGCUUUGAAACCGACAAUAGGUUAUCAUGCAAAAAGCGACUACUUUUAUGGUCUUCCGAACAACGGUGUAUUCAAUGUUUAUGAAGACAAUGACAUUGCAAAUUCAGCCAAUGAGGCAAUCACAAUCAUGGCCAAAGGAGUAGGCACAAAGUAUAAACAAACCUUCGGAUACUUCCUCGCAAAUACAACCCUUACUUGUACACGACAACAAGAAAUAAUUGAAGAAGCUGUAAGGACUAUGUUUAAAAUAGGGUUUAUACCGGUUGGCGUAGUGAUGGAUCAGCAUCCGACUAAUGUCAUGACAGCUAGGGCAUUAGGUGUUACAGUAGAUGAACCAAUGUUUGAUAUAGAUGGGCAUCCUGUGUUGUUCUUUUUCGACGCCCCGCACUUAUUUAAGUCUUUAAGAAACAAUUUAUUCAACAAGAACGUUCUUUUCGAGAACGAAAUAGUUUCCUUCCAACACAUACGUGAUUUAUACAAAAUAGAUAUUUCAAAAAUGCCUCGAUUGGUUCCAAAGCUCACUCAAAAAGCUGUCGAACUGCCUGCGUUUUCAAAGAUGAAUGUCAAAUUAGCAACGCAAACCCUUGGUGGAACCACGGCUAAAGCUAUCAAAACAUACGUGGAAUUGCAAUGUUUGGAGAAAAAAGUGUUAGCAACUGCUUCAUUUAUAGAGCUUUUCGACCAACUCUUCGAUGUUUUCAAUUCUCGAUUCAAGUUUUACUUGGCCAAGGUUUGUACAUAA